AUGCUUCAGUGGUUAAUGACACUUGCUGCUCUUUCAAAGGAAGAGGUGUGUGUCCUCAUGGAAGACCCCAGCCUACCCAGUGGUUUUGAUCUGAACAAAGGCCUCACGCUUGCCUUUGUUACCUUUAUAUUACUCUUUCUAAUAGUGAUGAUUUUCCGGUGGUUAAAGUUUCUGAGGAAUCCAAACCAAGUUUUUGACUAA